AUGGGCUCACUUCUCGUACUCAUGAUGGUCCAUAGGAUGUGCACUCGCUUGUUUUGCUCUCUCACUAGGAUAUUCACUCCAUCCACUGAAGCCCCCGGUUUUCUUUACCGCCAGUUCCAAUCCCCCAAUAACGGGCGUCUUCGUGUCAAUGUAAUCGACACAAGAGAUGAGGGGGCAUGGGGACAAGGCCCCUUUCAUCAAUCAAUCAAUCAAUCCUCAGACUCAUUCACUCACUGCAUGCAUGUUAUGGGCUGGCAAUCCGCGCGCCGCACCCGGCCCGUCCGACGUGCCGAGCCAGUCAUGGGCUCUGCAUCGGUGCCCGAAAAGUGA